GUGCUUUGCAGUCAACAUAUCAUAUUUAUAACACAUGAAGGAGAGAUUGCUCACCAUGUUCAGGAACUAACAAUUUGUGGAAGCAAAGGCCAAAGCAAAGCUAAAUGGUGCAUAUGACUCUAAAAAGGGAGAAGGCAGACAUGUUUAAGUGAGCCUCUUUUAAAGAAACAAAGCAUCUGGCAUGUCAUCUGUCUUCCAUGGGACUUCUUUUGUGAGCAGCUUUCAUUUAAAAAACUUUUAUGAGUACACUUCAAUCAAGUUCCCAAAGAACAUAUUUUUCUUCUGAUCUGCUGACUGUUUCAAGAGUCUCAUGAUCUCCAAGUGGACCCUCCAUUUAGCCAUCAAAGUACUUUUGCUCCCCAGGAUGCUUGUAACUCAAUGGUAGAUGCAAGUGGAGUUGAGAAAAUCACCCAGUGUCCCCAGGAGCUUCCACAGAUGAUGGCUGCAGCAGCCGAUGGUUUGGGAAGUAUAGCUAUAGAUACAACUCAGCUGAACAUGUCUGUGACAGAUCCCACAGCCUGGGCCACAGCCAUGAACAAUUUGGGCAUGGUUCCCGUGGGGUUGCCUGGACAGCAGCUUGUGUCUGACUCAAUCUGUGUCCCAGGUUUUGACCCAAGCCUCAACAUGAUGACUGGAAUCACCCCCAUUAACCCAAUGAUACCAGGCCUGGGGCUGGUACCACCCCCACCACCAACUGAAGUGGCUGUUGUUAAAGAAAUAAUUCACUGCAAAAGUUGUACUCUUUUUCCUCAAAAUCCAAAUCUUCCACCUCCUUCCACCAGAGAACGACCUCCUGGGUGUAAGACUGUGUUUGUGGGAGGAUUACCAGAAAAUGCUACGGAGGAAAUUAUUCAAGAAGUCUUUGAGCAGUGCGGUGAUAUUACAGCGAUCCGAAAGAGCAAGAAGAAUUUUUGUCACAUUCGCUUUGCAGAGGAAUUCAUGGUUGAUAAAGCCAUUUACCUUUCUGGUUACCGGAUGCGGUUAGGGUCUAGCACAGACAAAAAGGAUUCGGGUCGACUUCAUGUGGACUUUGCACAGGCCAGAGAUGACUUCUAUGAGUGGGAAUGCAAGCAGAGGAUGCGUGCCCGUGAGGAACGGCACAGGCGCAAGCUGGAGGAGGACCGGCUCCGACCGCCCUCCCCGCCAGCCAUCAUGCACUACUCAGAGCACGAGGCUGCCCUGCUGGCCGAAAAGCUGAAAGAUGAUAGCAAGUUUUCUGAGGCUAUCACAGUGCUGCUUUCCUGGAUUGAACGAGGUGAAGUGAAUCGGCGUUCUGCAAACCAGUUCUAUUCCAUGGUGCAGUCAGCCAACAGCCACGUCCGCAGGCUAAUGAAUGAAAAAGCCACCCAUGAGCAAGAAAUGGAGGAAGCCAAGGAGAAUUUUAAAAAUGCCUUAACUGGGAUCCUCACUCAAUUUGAGCAGAUUGUGGCCGUUUUCAACGCUUCUACCAGACAAAAAGCUUGGGACCAUUUCUCGAAAGCUCAGCGCAAGAACAUAGACAUUUGGCGAAAGCAUUCUGAGGAGCUCCGGAACGCUCAAAGUGAGCAGCUCAUGGGCAUCCGCCGCGAAGAGGAAAUGGAAAUGUCUGAUGAUGAGAAUUGUGACAGUCCUACUAAAAAAAUGAGAGUCGAUGAAUCAGCCCUGGCUGCUCAGGCCUAUGCUCUUAAGGAAGAGAAUGACAGUCUCCGUUGGCAACUGGAUGCCUACAGGAAUGAGGUGGAGUUGCUGAAACAGGAAAAAGAACAGCUUUUCAGAACAGAAGAAAACCUCACCAAGGACCAGCAACUCCAGUUCCUGCAGCAAACCAUGCAAGGCAUGCAGCAGCAAUUGCUGACCAUCCAAGAGGAGUUAAACAAUAAAAAAUCAGAACUGGAACAAGCAAAGGAAGAGCAGUCCCACACACAAGCAUUACUGAAAGUCCUCCAGGAGCAAUUAAAAGGUACCAAGGAAUUGGUUGAGACCAACGGCCACAACCAUGAGGAUGCAAAUGAAAUCAAUGUGUUGACAGUUGCAUUGGUCAACCAAGACCGAGAGAACAAUAUUGAAAAAAGAAGCCAAGGCUUAAAAUCAGAGAAAGAAGCUCUGCUAAUAGGCAUCAUAUCCACAUUCCUCCACGUUCAUCCUUUUGGAGCCAAUAUAGAAUAUCUCUGGUCAUACAUGCAGCAGCUGGACUCCAAGAUAUCUGCCAACGAGAUUGAAAUGCUUUUGAUGAGGCUGCCUCGAAUGUUCAAGCAAGAGUUCACAGGUGUGGGAGCAACGCUGGAAAAGAGAUGGAAGUUGUGUGCCUUUGAAGGAAUUAAAACUACCUAACUGUGAAGAGCCAGAAACCUCUGGAAUUGAAAUAGUCUGAACCUGGCUAGGGCUAUGCAGUGAGAGAGGAGUUGGGGUUGCCCAAUGCAGGACCUGUGCAAAGCCAUCAAAGCCUGACUUCAGUUACAUCUGUGGUGUUCUUUUGUGAGUGGACAUGUAAUUGUGUACCAGUUCCUUCAACUAAACAAAGCUUCAUACUGUGACAGAUCUGUUUCCAAUGAAAACCAAACAGUGAUUCCACAGUCAUAAUGAUGGCAAAAUCUUUAAUAGGCUACAUUUGCGAAUAGCUCACCAAGCAAAAUAUUUAAAGUUAAUGAUGGUGUAGCGAUGGUGGUUGCUAGGCUACAGAGUUGUGUAUGUAAUGUAUAGCUGAACUCAUUAAAAUGACAUUUUCCUGAAAAGUCUUUCUGUUUAAGUUAAACAACAAAAGUAAUUUUACAGUGAGGAAUAAUACCAAAAGAAAACUUGAAUAUGUGUCUGAACAGUUAUUGUAUUUUAUAAAUUAAGUUAUAUGCUGUUCCAGGGACUUUUGCCUUUUUGAAGAGGCAGAAGCUAUGAUUGGACUCCUUGAGAAUGCUUUAUCAAGAAUAUUAUUUUUCUAAUGUAACAAUUCUCCAUCAUAAGUUCUUUUAACAUGGACUGCAUAACAAUUUUCAUAAGAUGUAAAUAAAGGAAAACUAGUGCUACUGUCUUGUACUUGGUAUGUAACAUUCAGGUUUCUGCAUCAAAAUAAACAUUCAGCAAAUAUUCCUGUUACAAAUUUUAUAGCAAAGAUAUUAAUUU